UACUGAAAUACUAUGACUAAAUAAAUCAGCACGAAAAAAGUGAAAAGCUAGUGAAUAAAAAGUUUUCUCGGAAUUAGAGACAACUUUGGCUCACCCCGCCAUCAUGGUCAUUCCAAAGGAAAUCCUAAGCGACUACAAGGAGCUGUACGAAAAGGCCAACCGCCUGGUGGAGGAGGAGAGCCGCAGUGAUCCGGCCACAGAUCCCUUUCGCUCCCACUACAAAGCCCGCGAUGUCCUGAUCGAUUUAAAGGGCCAACUGGAUGACCAACUGGUCUCCGUCCAAGCCAGCGAGGAGGAUGGCGGCCAGGAUGACCACUGCUACCGCUCGCUGCUCGCCUUCGUCUGUCGGGAUUUGGGCAGGAUCUACAUCUACACCGAGGAGCCGGCGGAGGGCGAGAAGCUACUAAAUCGCUGCCUGAAACUAGUCACGCCGCUCAAGCAGCUUUCCGAGGGCAUUAUUCCCUUCAUUGGGGCCAUCAACGAGCUGAGUAUUGUCCUGGCCUCCAAGGAGGAUUACAAGAAGGGCCUGGACAUUCUCAUGCAAGCGGAAACCAGCUACGAGGAGUUCAAGGCCAGUGGUCUGCAGCCCCUCGCCAUACAGGAUAUGUUCAAUCCGGCGGAGGAAGGUCAGGAAUCUGCAGCGGAGGCGGCGGGACCCAAAGAGCUGGAAUCUCUGUACACACUAGUCUCCUUUUACAUGGCCCAGAUGUACGGCCACCUGGGGGAGCCGGAGAAGUCGGCGAAGUGCUGCCAUCGCACUCUGCAUCGCCAACUGGAGUCCAAGACGUACGAUGCCAUCGAUUUCGCACUAAACACCGCCACCUUGUCGCAGUUCUACAUCGGAGAAGAGCGCUUCCAGGAGGCGCGCCAUCACCUGGCCGCCGCCACGCUCAUCAUGGCCGAGUACGAGGUGCACAUGCUGGAGCCGGAGUUGAGCGAGAAGCAGCGCCAGGACGUGGCGGAGACUUUCAAGCAUCGCUACGCCGAUGUGGCCCGUUGUUGGGCCAAAUACGGGUUGCAUUUGAUGUUCACGUCCAAGCUGCGUCUAAUGAGAGACGAGGACGACGAGGAGGCCAAGAACCUGGAGAAGGUGAUGCGCAACCUUCGGCUGGCCGAGGCGCAGCAGUCCCGCUUUCCGGGUCUCGAUCUCACCGCCUGCGAGAAUCGAAUCAGCUGCGAGUAUUGCCUGACCUUUGACGAUGCCAAGUUGGUGUUUCAUUUCGUUAACGAGUGGCUGGACAUAGCCAAGGACUAUUACAAGGCCGAGAACGAGGCCACUGAGUAUUCAAAGAUCGUGCAGGACUACGCCGAGGCGUACGAACACAUUGCCUUCUUCGAGGAGAACCCCGAAAACCAGGCCAAGAUGCAAAAGCGUCGUGCCAAGUAUCUGGAGGAUCUGCUGGAUCUGCUCGACCCUAUAUUUUAUAUGAAAAUCUGCCGGGAAUGCUGGUAUGGCGCCGGCACAGCUCAUGCCGCAGUGCUGGAUGUCCGUCUGGAUAUCAUUCGGGCCACGAGCACUCCGGCACCGGAGGAAAUCAAGAAGGUCAACCAGAGCUGCAUGAAGGCCAUCAAGUACUUCGAGAGCUAUGUCAAAUCGUAUAUGUCCAAGCCGCCUAGCGAGGAGUGGCGUCCCAACAUGGACGUGCAGGAGCAGCGCCACAUGCUCUACGCUCACUUUCACAUUGGCCGCAUCUACUACAAGCUCAUCAGCGCCCAUCCGCUCCAGCAGUUGGAGCACCUGGCCAAUUGUCACGCCUAUUACAAGAAGUUCGAUGCCGGCUGUCAGUUGUACAAGGAGGCAGCUGAGCCGCUUCAGGGAGAGAUCGGAGUGGUGCGCGAAAUGCUGCAGCUGCUGCCCCUCAAGAUAAACACUGUCAAGGCGAGAUUGGGUUAGAAUAGACUAACCACAUUCUGACUUAACAAUUUCCAAAAAAAAACAAAAGAGUUGCAUUUGCCGAAAGCUUUAUAUUUAGUCAAAAUAAAACGGUUACGCUAAAAGAA